AUGGCCAACUGUCGGGCCGGGCCAGGCCGUGGUGGGCGGGACCCAACGCGUAAAAAUAAAAAUUCUGCCGCCAUUCUUUCUGGUGAGACUCAGUUCGCCGGCGUCUCUCCGAGCAUCCCUUGCCGUCUCCGACCAUCGCGCCCUCCUCAGAAAGCAGCCGCUGACCAGCAGUCGCCAUCCGCGAGCAGCCGCAGCAAGCCCGUUUGCAGCCCCGUCCACCAUUAUUUCCAGCGACCACCAUCCUCGCCGCGCGUCCUAGCCUCCGACCAGCGAUCGAUCGACAUAUCGCGGCCAAUCCUCCCCCUUGUCUGCAUCUCGCCGCCAACAAAGGAUCGACAUAUCGCGGUCAAUCAUCCCCGUCCAGAAGGUCUGCAUCUUGCCGCCAACAAAGGAUCGGCAUCUCGCGGCCAACGUCUCCCCCACCGACUCCCUCCUCCCGCCGCUUGCCCCGUCCGCCGCCCCGAUCGAGCCCGAGGCUUGAUAAGAAAACUGGGCAUAGCAAUAUUCUACAUGGGUUGGAUCAUGGUGUUCAACCAUCUACGCCCCGACCGCAACCAAGUUGAAAAAGCCCGACUACGAGAGGCUCUGUUGUUUGAGAUCACGUGGACCAUAACUUUCAAACCACUUGCGUUUGUCGAGUCUCGAAGCAUCUGCGCGAGGAGAAGGUCGUGGAGUGUGUGCAUUGCGGCUGUGGGGGCUGCGUGA